CACCGACGCUCUUUGCCUCGUGCCUCCCUCUUACACCUCACACAUCACCAAACCUUAUCAUUUCAUUGUCUCCCCACUGCUCCUAGAAAAUCAAAAGAAAAAUAAAACGCUAGCAAAAAGGCCGGCGCAGAGCGCCACCACCCACCACACAAACAGCCAGCCGCUGCCGUCCUCGGUCCUCCCGACGGCCGGCGAUGGCGACCCUGGGCGUGCUACUGCUGCUGCUCCGGAGGAACGCUCACCUUCGCUUCCGCCUCUUCCGCUACUGGGACUCCCCACCCGAUGGGCACGCCUAGUUCCUUCGCGCCAACGCCUCCGCCAUCGGCGCCCUCAUUGGCAACCCCGAUGCCGCAUCGAUGUGCCGCCGUCCUUCUCUGUGGGGACGGACUACGUCGACCUCCCAAGUACCGGGAGCGCCGCACCCGCGUCACCAACAUCCCCAACUUCCUCACCGACGACGUUGCCGGCCUCGCCAUCUUUGUGCCAAGGGAGACCGCGCAGGCUGACUGCUACAUGCACGCCGGCUUGUGGAAGGCAAGAGGAACUACACAGUCACCACGCUGUGUUGCAACAGGUCAAAGGAAGAAGUCUAACCUGAAGAAGUGCAGGGAAGAAUUACAACUGCAUGUGGUCGGCUGGUUCAGGGGACGUUCAGGGUGGGCGCGGCGGCUCAUAUGCCGGGGCAGGCUCUUGGGCACUAGCGAUCUCGCAGACGGAUAUUAGAAAAAAAGGUGAGUUUUUUUGCUGGUAAAAAAAGCAGGUGAGGUUGUAUCUUGUCAGUUGGGUUUCCAUUGGCUGUGGAAAUCAUACCUGGCGAUCUGAUGUGGCUGCCUGCAGCUUCAAAACUCGAGCGGAUUGCUGCAUAGUAGUCUUGUUCUAGCCUGGCCGAUCGGUGAAUAUUUGAUUGUAGGUGAAGGAGGGGCGGCCGCCCACUCGACGGUGCUGAUAAGGGCGGCGAGGGAGCCCGGAAGGUAGGCGUCGAUGCAGUGCAGGUCGACGACGAUCCGAUGCAGGGAUCAAGGUCGCCGUGUAGGGAGGCGUCGAUGCAGUGCAGGGUUGGCGAUGAAAGGCAGGGAGAGGGCGAGGACGCGAUUAGGUUGAGUUUUCUUUUUCGCGUGGUGGUUAGAUGGUUAGAUUAGUGUGAUUUGAGGGGCUAUGGAGGCUGGUCAGGGAGUUUCGUAUUUUCAUCUGAUGGAGUACGGUUAGUCUAUGUAAACUGCUAAGCGCACACAAGAUCUCGAAUAAAUUAAUGAUGGUUGUUA